CGGGAUUUCGACGAGAAUAUACGAGACUUAAAAAAGCAUCUGCAGAAAAAAGUUUGUGAUUUCUCUCCAUUUCUUGAUCCAAUCUGAAUUGAAAAUUAUAAAUUAAAGACACUGGAUAUGGAAAUAGGAGAAGACAGUCGGGGAAACAUAUUCAAUGAGGUUGGGAAUGACACACCACUCGGUCCCGGAGGAGAAACCCCAGCAAGAACCCCAGAAGUUGAUUCACCUCAUAAGUUACAAAAUUCCCGUUCAGGGUCUCCAGCUUAUGACGUAGAAACUGGAGAUGGAGAGCGGAAUCCAGAGCCACCUCCUGAACUGGCAAAAUCGAUGGAUCUAUUAAAUGCAGAUAAUAUAGGGGGCACUGUGUUCAGUAAACAUUGGGUAUUCAGUACAUUGAUGAAACUCAUACAGGAAGUUGAAAAGGAUGUUGAAUCUAAAGAUCCUGAUGAAAUCAGAGAGGUGAACGAAGAUCUCCAGGAUGAGCUCUGUAAACUAUGGGACAUUGCAAUGGACAAGGAUGUUGCUGCAUUUCUUCAAGAAUUCCAGGCUGUAGAGAUUCUCACUGGAGUUAUCGCCAAAUCUCAUGCCCCUAGACUCACAGAAAUCUCCAUUGGCAUUCUGGGCAAUAUGGCAUGCCAUAAACAGAUCUGUCCCGUCAUCACUGAAAACAACGAACUUGUGAAGUUGACCCUACUGCUGUUGGAAACGCCCGAUGCUCCUACUCUUAUACAAAUCACCAGGUUGCUGUAUGUUUGUCUCAGUAGUGAGGGGAGCAAAUGUUCUUGGAUACCAGCUAUCAAACAACACGAGACAGUGCUUCAGAACAUACUGUUUGUCUUCAACAGUUCAACCAACAAUGACUUGCUGAAGAACAUGGGAGAAUUAGUGGAUAAAUUACUAGAGAUGGAUGAAGAAAUCUGUACCCAAUGGGCCACUGUACAAUUUGUCCAGUCGCUGCAUGAGGCUAUUAAGCAGAUUGGAGAGAGACCAGGGGAGAUCAUUGGCACAUAUUUCCAUAUAUGUCAACUUCUGUCGACUACUGAAGUGGGUGUACAGGCUUUAGUAUCAGACGUGGACAACAUCGGCUCUUCCCUUCUGCUAUACUUGGACCAUACAUGUAAUGAUGACACCAUUAAAGUCAUUGGGGAGGAGAAUGUACUUGCAUCUGCAAUUUGUGUACUUAAUUCAUUCUACAUGUCAGCAGGGAGGAACUCAGUUGUCAGAGACCAAGAAAAGCAGCUUACAAGAAACUUACUGAAGAUCCUAGAAGUGGUCAGUUGUAUAUUGAAUGACAGUCAGUUGAAUACAAAUCCAACCAACCAAUCAAAUCAAGGAACUCCUCAUUCAAAUAAACUUGAAAACACAGACGGUAGAAAUAAGAAAUCAACGGAAAUCUCUAAUUUGUCAACGACCUCUGACAGUACCUCAAAUACGCAUAAACUAGAAAACGGCUCAAAUCCAUCAAAAGCUACUGACUCGCCAAUCUCAAAUACUGAAGCUUGUAAAAGUAGUCCCUUAUCAAAAAGAAAUACGCCUGGAUCUAGUGGAGUUACGCCAACUUCGGAUGCUGGGUCUAGCCAAGGAUUCUCAGAAUGUUCUACACUGUUAUAUAAUACAGUCCAAGGUUUCCUGGUGGAUAUUCUGCAGUCCAUACCACAGGCUUCACAAGAUCAUACCCCAGACUUCCUAGAUUACAUGAACAGGUACUGUCCCAGUGAGAGACUACAAUGCCUGUUGACGACCUUAAAACACAUGGAGAACCGAGAUCUUAUCCAGACCUUAUUACAACACUCACGGAAUUAUCAGUGUGAACAUUUUACAAAAGGAUUAGAAGACUUUAUUAAAAGCACAAAUUCAUGAUGAGGUCUUGGAAAUUUCUAGAGGGAUUUUUUAUAAAUAAACCAAAUCAUUGAAGAGGUUAGCAGCUAGAUUUACAAAAAUAAUCAGAAUCUUUUUUUGGUCAUAUCUUUCUUGUCAUUGGUUUUCCCAAAGUAAUUUCCUCAAGGUCAAGGUCAGUAUUUCAAUACACACCCACAGAUGCAGUAAUUAUAGGGGAAGGGGUGAGCUUGUUAAAUUUUGAAAGCUCACGUCAGUUUAUAAAGGAAACAGCUUUUGAUUUAAAAAAGUCAAUUAAUGUUCAAGUAUUUAAUUUAGAAAGGAGAGAGGAAUUAUGAUUUGGAUAUUGUCUCAAAAAUGUUAGCAUGUUAAUAUUAGGAUGUUUUAACAUGUUGCAUAUUCAAUAUAAUGUUAUUGUAGCAUGAAAAGAGCACAUGCUACAUAAAUGGAUGAAUAGAUGGCAGUACUGUACAUACUGUACAUUACAUAUAGUAUUUUUUUAUAGAGAAACUGACAAAAGUUACUUAAUUUUCCAAUUUAGCAAAUAUAUUGAAUUGGUUCGAAUUUAUAGAACUCGAUUGGCGUGCACGUACAUGUAGAUGAUCUUGGUGACUCGCAGAUUGUGGUAUGCAAGACUUUUUAGACUGCCACUAAUGCGAUCAUGCCCGUAGCCAGCUUUUACCAGGAGGGGGAGCUUUUU